CGGAGAUCUGGACCACAGUGGGAUCGUAGAUUGUUCAGGACCCUGAGUCUGCUUAACGAUUCUGAUUAAUUCGUCUGAUUAAGCUAUUACUUCAUCAUCGACGUCUUGACAUCAUUUGCCUUGCUGUCCUUUUUUUUCUUUUUUUAUGUUUGAUAUAUUUUAACCCACGAGGACUCCUUCAACAGGAGUACCGUGUAGCAAGGAAAACGCAAGGGAAAUUCCCAACACGACUCCAUUUGCAAUAACUCCUACCGCCGAGAGGGCGUCUCUCUAUACUUGCCCACAUAUAAUCUUUUUUCUAUUACCAAACAACCUGCGUAGGCUCUUCACAAUGAGCUCCGACGAAGUUACCAUCUCCCCGACGCGGAUUAUCUUCCACGGAGCAUGGGAGAUAUUCAAGGAGCAAUGGCCACUUCUUAUCCCGCUCUUCAUCGUCCUCCGUAUCUUGUAUAGGCGAUAUGCGUCACCAUUACGCGAAUAUCCUGGACCCUUCUUGGCCUCUUUCAGUCGUAUCUGGAAAGUUAUGUCCACUGUGUCUGAACAGACUCAUUUGCACCAUAUCGAGCUACACCGCAAGUACGGUCCUAUCGUGCGCAUCUCCCCCAACGAGCUCUCAUUCUCUUCUCCGUCCGUCGCUCGCCAUGUCCUCUCGGCCGGGAAGCGCUUCUACAAGACGGACUUCUACUCCGUCUUCCCCCCGCCGGAGAACCCGGAUAUCUUCACCGAGAUCCGCGAGGAUGUGCACGCGAUGAAGAAGAAGGUCGCCAACGUGCCUUACUCGAUGGCUGCCAUGCGUCAACUCAGCCCGUUCAUCGACGACACGAUCGACUUCCUCGUCAGCCGCCUCGACCAGUUCUGUCCCGACACGGCCAUUCCCGGGUUCCAGCACGCCGGUCUCCCCGGGCGAAACACCGUUGUGAACCUCGGCGACUGGCUGCACUUUUUCGCGUUCGACGUUCUCGGCGAGGUGGCCUUUGGGCGCUCGUUUGGCUUCCUGGCAGCCGGCGUCGAUAAGGAGAACGCCAUCAAGACUAUCGACAACAGCCAGAAGUACAACGGCAUCAUCGGCCAGGUCCCCGAGUUCGAUUGCCUGCUGAGGAGAAACCCGCUGUGGAGGUGGAUCCCCGCCUUGGAUCCUAAUAAUGCGGUUAUCACCCGUAUCGCCCGCGAGGAGAUGAAGAAACGUCGCCCCUUCGAGAUCGAACGCGACGGUAAGGUUGCCAGCGGCGAUGGGCGCGAGGACCUCCUGUCGUCUUUGAUUAAGGGCCACCUAAAGGAUAAGACGAAGUUUCAUGAAGGCGAUAUCUUUGCUGUAGCGCAUGGUGCUAUCUUCGCUGGUUCGGACUCCACUGCCUCUACCAUGCAAUCGUUUUUCUGGCACGUUCUCUCUGCUCCCAAGGUACUCGCCAAGCUAGUAGAAGAGGUUGAUGCGGCGGCCCGCGAUGGGACGAUCUCGGCGCAAGGUAACAUCCAAUGGACCGAGGCCCAGAACCUGCCGUACUUCCAGGCGUGCCUGAAGGAGGCGAUGCGUAUGCGACCCGCGGUCGGCGUCAAUAUCGCCCGAUACGUGCCCCCGGAGGGCAUCGAGAUCGAGGGCCGUCACAUCCCUGGUGGCACACGGCUCGCUCUUAACGGCUGGGUACUGCACCGCGACAAGGCGACCUUCGGCCAGGACGCCGACUCCUACCGUCCGGAACGGUGGCUUGAGGAUCCCGAAAACGCCAAGGUUAUGGAGCGGUACAUGUUCCAGUUUGGCGGUGGCGCCCACGUGUGCAUCGGUCGCAACCUAGCGCUCCUCGAGAUCAACAAGGUAAUCCCCCGGCUGCUGCGCGACUUCGAAUUCGAGCUGGUCUACCCGGGCCGAGAGCUAAAAGCGAAAGCGACGUUCUUCGUGGUCCAGGAGGGCCUCGAGGUGUACAUCUCGCGAAAGAAGAGCGAGAAGGAUGCGCAGCAAUAAGAAAGACAAGAAGAAAGAAGCUUUUAACCUACCCUACAACACCUAGACUCAAUACCACAGUCCUUCAAAGGACAAAACACACUUACACACACACUUAAUGAUGCUACUAAUAAUAGUAUCGGGGACGGCGGGCGACGGCGUUGUUGUGUUAGAGCUGGGCUCGCGGCUUAUGAGAAAAAAAAUGACUGCUUUUUUUUACUGCCCUGCGGCGGUUGGUUUUCACUUUCGGGGGUAGCAUGUUUGUAUACCAUUUUGAUGCAGCGAUUUUCGUUAUUCCUUAUUCGUUUUGGAAGAGGAUGUUUAUAUGGCUAUGAUGAUGGUAGAUGGACGAGAUACGAUG